CUCCCUUCAACAUCGCUUCCAUGAUGAGACACAUCGCUGGCACCAGUCCGAGAAAGACUUGUACUCUUUUUGCUGCGGAUUAGCAUUGCACGAGACUCGAUCUCCCUCUCUGAAUAGUCCACCUCUUCCCCUUCGUUAUCAUGCUCUCCCAAAUUAUCUUCCUGGACUCGCGUACUGAUAGAAGCUAUAUAGGCCUCUCAAUCUUGCCCUAAACGUCCCGAACGAACGCCAUAGCGGCACAAUGGUCCUUCACAACCCCAACAACUGGCAUUGGGUCAACAAGGACGUCUCGGCUUGGACUAAGGAUUAUUUAGAGAAAGAUCUCGUUGGGAUCAAGGCGGAGAAGAAUGGCAUCAGUGCCGAGGUCAGCAAGGUGCUGAGCAUGGACGGAGAUGUGGAUGUUUCUCAGCGGAAGGGCAAAGUCAUCACUAUCUUCGAUGUGCGGUUACAGCUGGAAUGGAAUGGCAGUAUUCCAGUCAAGGAGGAGCACGAGAACGAUGACGGCACCAAGGAAGAGCGCGAGGGCAAGAAGGAUGUCAGUGGAACAAUCACAGUGCCAGAGGUUGCACAUGAUACAGACGAGGAUGAUUAUGUCUUCGAGGUAGAGCUCUACUCUUCAUCUCUCGAAAAGGAACCGGCAAAGGACCUUGUACGCAAGGAGCUCACACCACAGCUGCGCAAGCACUUUCAAAAGCUCGCCCCGGCUCUGAUAGCGGAACACGGCAAAGACGUCCAGCAUGCACCUAACGAGAACCCAUCGGCAAAGUUCACUCCAGCUAAGACCUAUAGCAACUCGGGUGUUGAGAAGUCUUCUGGUACGUCGGCCUCGUCGAAUCACACAUCUCACAACAAUGGCUCAGUUGUAAACACAACAAGUCUCUCCGAUCAACAAGAAUUCCGGACCACCGCGGAUCAGGUCUACGAAGUUUUCACUGACCCACAGCGCAUUGCCGCGUUCACGCGCGGUACCCCCAAAGUGUUCGAGGGUGCAAAAGCAGGCGGCAAGUUCGAAAUCUUUGGUGGAAACGUGUCGGGAAGCUAUGUCAAGUUGGAGAAGCCAACAUAUCUGGAGCAGAAGUGGCGGCUGGCGCAAUGGCCUGCUGGUCAUUACAGUACGCUGAAGAUCAAGUUCGAGCAGAAUGAUGUUGAUGGUGUGACCAUCAUGAGAGUCGAUUGGGAAGGCGUACCCAUCGGACAGGAAGAGCCGACGAAGAGGAACUGGGAUGAGUAUUACAUUCGAAGCAUCAAAACCACAUUUGGCUUUGGAACGAUUUUGUAAAUGAACACGUAUGAGAUGGGUUAUGGAUGGCCGAGUGGAUGAGAAAAUGGGAAAAAUAAGUCGUUUGUACUAUUCCAUGCCUGCUAGAGUAGUAUCGUAACCUCGCUUCGAUAGGCCUCCAAGUCGCAUAGCGCCCAGCAAUAUGUCACUUC